UGGUUGCAAAAGGCAUCUGGUAUUGUCCUUCUACCACUGUCUUAAAAGGGAUUCUAAAGGGAUUUUCUUUCCCUUGUUCCUCCAGCCCUACACUUGCAUUACUGGCCUAAGUGGAUACUCACCAGCUGGCCGUGUCCAUCAUUACAGCCAAGUCUGAGAAUUCCUGAUUAUACUUAGAGUCAGUGGAGCUGCUGACACAAACAGUCAUUAGCAGACGACCCUUUUGGAACAAACUAUGCUUUAAAAUGUAAACUGGAGGGGCAUUUUCCUCGUGUUGUCCAGAAAGAACUUUCUGCUGCCUGAGCCUGGAUUAAUCAUGAGAGAGCUUGUCAACAUUCCACUGGUACAUAUUCUUACUUUGGUUGCCUUCAGCGGGACUGAGAAACUUCCAAAAGCCCCUGUCAUCACCACUCCUCUUGAGACAGUGGAUGCCUUAGUUGAAGAAGUGGCUACUUUCAUGUGUGCAGUGGAAUCCUAUCCUCAGCCUGAAAUUUCCUGGACCAGAAAUAAAAUUCUCAUUAAGCUCUUUGACACCCGGUACAGUAUUCGGGAGAACGGUCAGCUCCUCACCAUCCUGAGCGUGGAAGACAGCGAUGACGGCAUUUACUGCUGCAUAGCCAACAAUGGCGUGGGAGGAGCUGCCGAGAGUUGUGGAGCUCUGCAAGUGAAGAUGAAACCUAAAAUAACUCGCCCUCCCAUAAACGUAAAAAUAAUAGAAGGAUUAAAGGCAGUUCUACCAUGUACUACAAUGGGCAAUCCCAAACCAUCAGUGUCGUGGAUCAAGGGGGACAGUGCUCUCAGGGAAAACUCCCGCACUGCGGUUCUUGAAUCUGGGAGUUUAAGGAUUCAUAAUGUGCAAAAGGAAGAUGCAGGAAAUUAUCGAUGUGUGGCAAAAAACAGCCUCGGGACGGCAUAUUCCAAGUUGGCGAAGCUGGAAGUUGAGGAAGAGAGUGAACCUGAGCAAGAUACUAAAGUUUUUGCCAGAAUCCUGCGGCCUCCUGAAUCCCACAAUGUCACCUUUGGCUCCUUUGUGACCCUGCGCUGUAUAGCAACAGGCAUCCCUGUCCCCACCAUCACCUGGAUUGAAAAUGGAAACGCUGUUUCUUCUGGGUCCAUUCAAGAAAGUGUGAAAGACCGAGUAAUUGACUCAAGACUGCAGCUGUUUAUCACCAAGCCAGGACUCUACACAUGCAUAGCUACUAAUAAGCAUGGAGAGAAAUUCAGUACUGCAAAGGCUGCAGCCACCAUCAGUAUAGCAGAAUGGAGUAAACCACAGAAAGAUAACAAAGGCUACUGCGCCCAGUACAGAGGGGAGGUGUGUAAUGCUGUCCUGGCAAAAGAUGCUCUUGUUUUCUUCAACAACUCCUACGCAGACCCUGAGGAGGCCCAAGAACUACUGGUCCACACUGCCUGGAAUGAACUGAAAGCAGUGAGCCCAUUCUGCCGGCCGGCUGCUGAAGCUUUACUGUGUAACCACAUCUUCCAAGAAUGUAACCCUGGGGUGGCACCUAAUCCUACACCCAUUUGCAGAGAAUACUGCCUGGCAGUAAAGGAGCUCUUCUGUGCACAAGAAUGGCUAGCAGUGGAAGAAGAGACACCCAGGGGACUCCACAGAUCUGGGAUACAUCUGCUUUCCAUGCCGGACUGCAACAAACUCCCCAGUAUGCACUGGGACCCCAUGGCCUGUACCAGACUGCCAUAUUUAGCAUUCCCACCAAUGACGUCCUCAAAGCCGAGUGUGGACAUUCCAAAUGUGCCUUCCUCCUCCUCGUCCUCCUUCUCUGUCUCACCUACAUACUCCAUGACUGUAAUAAUCUCCAUCAUGUCCAGCUUUGCCAUAUUCGUGCUUCUUACCAUAACCACUCUUUACUGCUGCCGAAGACGAAAACAAUGGAAAAAUAAGAAAAGAGAAUCAGCGGCUGUAACCCUCACUACUCUUCCUUCUGAGCUCUUGCUAGACAGACUUCAUCCCAACCCCAUGUACCAGAGGAUGCCACUUCUUUUGAAUCCCAAAUUGCUCAGCCUGGAGUAUCCCAGGAAUAACAUUGAAUAUGUGAGAGAUAUCGGAGAGGGAGCAUUUGGAAGGGUCUUUCAAGCAAGGGCUCCAGGCUUACUUCCCUAUGAACCUUUCACAAUGGUGGCAGUGAAGAUGCUCAAAGAAGAAGCCUCAGCAGAUAUGCAAGCAGACUUUCAGAGGGAGGCAGCCCUCAUGGCAGAAUUCGAUAAUCCUAACAUUGUGAAACUCUUAGGCGUGUGUGCGGUGGGGAAGCCGCUGUGUCUGCUCUUCGAAUACAUGGCCUACGGGGACCUCAAUGAGUUCCUCCGCAGCAUGUCCCCUCACCCCGGACGCAGCCUCAGUCCCAGCGACCUGACCCGCGGGGCGCAGGCCUCCAGCCCCGGCCCGCCGCCCCUUUCCUGUGCCGAGCAGCUGUGCAUCGCCAGGCAGGUGGCCGCCGGCAUGGCCUACCUCUCCGAACGCAAGUUUGUCCACCGAGAUUUGGCCACCAGGAACUGCCUUGUGGGUGAAAACAUGGUGGUGAAAAUCGCCGACUUUGGCCUCUCUAGAAACAUCUACUCAGCUGACUACUACAAAGCCAACGAAAACGACGCCAUCCCCAUCCGUUGGAUGCCCCCGGAGUCCAUCUUCUACAACCGCUAUACCACGGAGUCUGACGUGUGGGCCUACGGGGUGGUCCUGUGGGAGAUCUUCUCCUACGGCCUGCAGCCCUACUACGGGAUGGCCCACGAGGAGGUCAUCUACUACGUGCGAGACGGCAACGUCCUCUCCUGCCCAGAGAACUGCCCCCUGGAACUGUACAAUCUGAUGCGUCUGUGUUGGAGCGAGCUGCCUGCAGACAGGCCCAGUUUCACCAGCAUCCACCGAAUCCUGGAACGCAUGUGCGAGCGGGCAGAGGGGAGUGUGGGUGUCUGAGGUCGAAGAUGGGCAGGUAGAACUCUACAGUCUCCUCUCGGACUCUAGGAGCCAGGGGAGUCCAACACCAGAGGCCCAAGGAGACCCAGAUAGGAAAUAAUAGUAGCAGGCAUGGGUACCAUGCUGUUUGUUUCUCAAAAAAAAAAAAAAAAAAAAAGACGGGGCAGAACUCCUGGGGUGGGUGGAAAGUGGGUGAUGGGAAAGGCAGGGGGGGAAAAAUGUCAGAUAAUUGGAGAGAACUACUCUUCCUCAUGGGGAAAGUUUGUAUUACAUACUGUACAGGAAAGAAUGUCAUCCUGUUCAGUUCCUGAAUUAGCUGGCAGCAGAGUAAGACUGCUGUAUUAAAUUUUGAUACGAAAUGCAGUUGAGAGCUCCAUUUUUAAUAGAGUUCAUUCCCGUCCAUUAGGAAAGUAGCAUAUCUUCCUGUAAGAAGUUUAGCUCAAGCACAGAAAACUACAAAGAAGGAAAAACCAUUUAUCGUCUCCUCACCCAAAGACGGGAGUUGGUUUUUUAUUCAAUAUCUUUCUUGAGUUUAACGCACACUUUUAUAUUUGUUUGUAUUCUGCAGAGUUGCGGCUUACUUUAUUGAUAGAAGGUUUCCAAGGAAUAAAAUGAUAAAUCAGCAAGGCUAUAUUCUUAUUGUGAUAAGAAAUAAGUUCCCUUUUUCUGUCUUUGUGUUUCUUCUUUAGAAGUUUUUCCUUUGUGUGCACUUGUCAUGAAUUUAAUCUGCUUAUUUUAUUCCUACAUUUUCUUUUCUGAAAAAAAUCUUUUGUGGCUAAUUAAUUUACCUUUUUCUUUGAAAGUUUUUUUGGUACUUUUUCUUUGCUCUUCUCUUUGUUUCUUCCUUUUUUUCAGAACUCAGUUCUUUUUUGGUUAUUUAGCUAUUUUUUCUUUUUAUUUCAUCCAUACAACAAACACCCUGGCAGAAAUAAUAACUUUCUAAAUAACAUUGUGGACUAUUACGUAUAUACCUUUUGCAAAGUAUUACCAUUUUCUUCUGCACUUGCUUUUGAAGCCACACAUUUUAAAGUUGUCAUUCAUUAAUUUUAUUGCCACAGUCUAUUAAAUCUCUUUAUAAAGCAUAGUUUAUAAUAUGGGAUUUUACAAGGUGCUCUUGUGGCUCUGAGUUAUUUCAAACCUGAUGUUUGUGAAUUCUGACAUUUUUUUCCUUCUAGAAACCAAUUUGAUAGGCAGUAGAAUUAAUGUAGGGCUGCUUAUCAACUUUCUGCAUGACUAUUCCCCUAUCUUGUUACAUCUUAUGAUUCUUACAAAGAAAAAAAAAACCUUCUGGAAGUCAGAUUCUUGGUGCACAAGAUUUCUCAGUGGUGCCCACACAAUAUAGCUUUAUCUGAGGCCAACAUGGAUGAUAUGAGUCUCUCCUGAUAGAGUAUGAACCCAAAUUCUCCCAAAAAGCAAAUAAACAGGGAAGAGAAAAUAGCAGUCUACCCUAUAUCAGCUUACUUUCAUUCAACCUAAUUGGUAGUUAGGGCAAUGGAGAAAUGGUCUGAAUUCUUGAAAGUAGAUUUUCAACUGCUUCUGGAAGGCUCCACCUAAAAUCUCCAAAUGCACCUGCAUGCAAAAACUUUUUCAUCUUUGCUGGAAAACCUGCCAUUUUCUUGUUCAUAGUCAUUCCAGGCAACCAAGACAAAAACACAGACUUGUCCCUCUCCUUCACCCAUGAAAACUCUAUCAGUUUACUUUCUAAAAUUCUCCUGGACACACCACCUCCCCUUCAGUCUGGCUGCCCAUUACUCACACUCUAUCACUGCCUGUUGUCUCAUCUUUCUACCAUUUCAUGGCAGAGAAGAUUCCAUGGGCUACGACAAUACGUGCUUACUAACAAUUCUGAUUUACAAAUAAGGAAGCCAGAAGUUAGCACUGAGACCUUGAGAGGUGCCUUAGGUUAAAGUCAUGAUGGUAAGGCCAAAGUUAAGACAGUCAUCCAAAGGGCUAGAUGAGGAAUAAGGUUGCAGCAUGAGUCAAGCAGCCAAGCGGCCAGCAAAGCAGAAAACUUGGAGAGGGCCACCAUCAAGUCUGGAAGUUUCCCGUAGUUAUCCAUGGCAUGACACAUGUGUGUGUCAUAUAUAAUCUGCAAACGUCAAAGAUGUCUUCAGUUUUCCUCAGCUGACAGAGUUUUAUUAUAAAAGAAAGACAUGGAAGUCCGGCCAAUCAGAAAAACUACUCCAUAGAGAAGCAGGGUCAUGAGAGUUAGAGUUACUUGGAGGACCUGCCAUGGGGCUAGUGCUGCUGGGAACGUGUUGUCCCUCAGAACGGUUUCCAUUGCCCUGUUCUACUAUCUGCCGCUUUGAGCUGCGCUCUGCUUCCCUCCCCAUUGCUGGAUAACUGCCCUUACUUUCCUGUCUCUUCCGCAUGCCUUCCACAGCCUCAUAGAUUCUCUGUGUGUCUUUAGGCUCUGCUAUUUACGAUUUCAAAGCAAAAAAGUCAGAGAGACAUAGGUAAAUACAGUGAGUGAAUGAGUACGUGAGCAAGCAAGGAACUGUUAUAUAGACCAUCCAAUUUUACUAAAUAUUUAAAGGAACUGAAAACUAAAAUAACAACUAGAAAUCCCAUUAUAGUAACAAUAGUAAUAAGAGUAAUACCAUCAGCUAAAAAUACUGUAAUGAAAAUGAAGGAUAUUUUUCAUGGACUCAUCAGUAGAAUGGACAUAGCUGAGAAAAGAAUCAGGGAGCUUGAAGAUACGUCAGUGGAAAUGCCCACAACUGAAACGUAACAAGAAAAAAAAAGAGCCCUGAAUAUCCAACAACUGUGGGACAAUUUCAAAAGGUGUAACAUGCACAAUUGGAAUACCAGAAGGAAAAGAAUAAGACUAGAACAAAAGAAAUAUUUGAAGUAAUAUUUGCAAAGAAUAUUUCAAACUUAAUAACAAACACAAAACCACAAAUGCAGGAAGUUCAUGCAGAACAAACAACAAAAUUUCUGUACCUAGGCAUAUCAUAUUAAACUGAAGAAUACUGAAGACAAAGAUAAAAAUUUGAAAGUAGCCUGAAGGGGGCCAGGAGGGAAUGAGACAACGUACAAGUAUGAGAAUUACAUCGAACUUCUCUAUAAAGCACACAAGUGAGAGAGUUGUAUAUUUUUAAAUUGAAGUAAAUAUAUUAACUUAAAAUAUACAAUAUCCCUGUGAGGUCAGUACUAUCAUUAUGCCCAUUUUUUAGGUGAGGAAACAGGCACAGAGAGAUUGUGUAACUGGCCUUAAGCACACAGAGCAGCAGAGCCUAGGUUGUGACCAAAAGAUGCUGAACUCUCAAUCAUCAUGCUGAGGUGCUUCCGAUGAUUACAGAGGGAACAACUGAAUCACAAUGACUCUGUGGAGGUGAGUUAUAAUUUGCAUGUAGUUUCAAAGCAUACACCAUACCCCUUAUACUCCUGAUUUCCUAUCCCAGUCUUUUCAUUGAAUAGCAAAAAAGUAUAUUUUAGCAUUGUCAAUUUAAUCAAAAAAUCCAAUUGAUGGCAUGUGUAUUUUUUUUUGUUAGCUCUAAAUGCAUUUUCAAGUUUUGUCAAGAUCACUGUCUUAUUUCCUUAGUGAUCAUCCCAAGGUUCUGUAUCUCAGGGACAUGGGCCCAGUAUUUACCAGUACUGUUUUCCUUUUUAAAUACAGAUUUUUUUUCCCAUUCUAAAAUCAUUGUAUAAAUUCAAAAAGAUCAGGAGAGAGACUCACAGGGUCAUUGUUACCAAGUGUCAGGACAGGCACCAGUGAAGCACCCACAAGUGAUGUUAAAUGGUUGAAUAUCAAACAAGACAAGAGUUCCAGGGCACCAAAAGAACACAUUCCUUGGUAUCAUGAUAGAGCAGAAAAGGAGCACUCCUUCCACUUUGCAGGAUAUUAUAAACCUGUUCUAUAUCAUUAACUAUUCUAAAAGUUCAGUUUAAUUUCUAAAUAAUAUUCCAUUUUAUGGCUAUACCAUAAUUUAAUUAAUUUCUUAUUUUUAAAAUAUUUGAGUUUUUUAAGUGAAACAUUUGAGUUUUUUCCAGUUUUCACUAUUACAAACAAUACUCUAUUGGUCAUCCUCAUUUGCACAAGCCCAUAAUUAUCUCCUAUGGAAAUUCUGAAAAAGGGAAUAUCCAAGCCAAAUGGCAUGAGCAAAAUUAAGGCUUUUGUUUGUGUUGUCAUAUUCUCUAGAAACACUGUUCCCAUCUCUGCGUUGUACAAUGGAUCUCAUAGCCCUAAACAUUUGCUGUCAUACAUAGAGAAUUAAUUCUCUAUUUUUUAGAAGGCUUUUUUCUACUUGGUUAUAGAAAAAGAUGAUCUCAUUUUGAUUUUAUUUUUAAAUUACUAGUGAGGUUGAAUUUUUCUUGCUCCCAGGUCAUUUAUAGUUCUCAUUUGGGGAAUUAUCUAUAACUCAAUUUUCUACUGCAUAGUUCAUUUUCUAAUUGAUUUGUAAGUCAUUUUAUUUAGUAAAUAGUAAACCUUUGUCAUACAUUGCACAAAAGAGAAAAUACAUACAUACUUUUAUUUUAAAAUAGCAUUUGCUUUAUUAUUGCAAAAGCAAUAUUUGUUUAUUUUUUUGAAAAGAAAAAAUAAUAAGCAACAAUAUACAAAUAAUAAAGAAAAUGCAAAAACACCAACCAGUGGUAACUAACAUUAACUCAUGAUAAAUAUUGUUCCAGUCUUUUUCAUGUAGGUAGGUAGGUAAAUAGGUAGAUGAGAGAUAGAGCUAUAUAGAGAGAUAGACAGAUAGAUAAUCCUUUAAAAUGGAAACAAGAUCACACUGUUUUAUUGUUUAAAGCUUUGUUUUUAUCACUGAGUGUAUCAAACAUCUUCAAUAUCAACAAGUAUUCAUGUGCAACAUCACUUUUGAUGACUGAAUAAUAUUCUAUUAUAUGAACUUACAAUUUACUUAAGUAUUAUUCCAUUGUUGGACAUUUGGUUUAUUUCUAUUUUUUUGUUAUAAAAUACUGUAUUUUGAUAAUCCUGUUGCUAAAUUUUGUGAGCAUCUAUCUCGAGUGAUUUCUUAAUGUAUAAUUCCUAGAAAUAUCGAUAGAAUUUCUAGAUCAAAGGGUAUAUAUACUUUUAAUGCUUUUAAUACAUUGACAAAUUACUUCCUGAAUUAUUCUGUCAAUAUAUAAUCUUCCAGCUAGAUGAGAGCCUUUUUCUUUCAACCUCACCAAUACUGAGCAUGAGCAUUUUAGUAAUUGCCAACAUAACAGUUUAAGUUUUUAUUUUGUAGCUUAUGCUUACAUUUCUUUAAGAUAAGGCUGAACACUUUUUCAAUGUUUUGAGGACAGUUGAUUUACUCUGUGAUUUGCCUCCUAUUGUUAUUUUUCAAUUGGGUAUAUCUCUUUCUUAUUGCUUUAUAAAAAUGCCUUAUAUAUUGAGUUAAAGUUUGUCAUACAUGUUUCAACCACUUUUAUAACGCUAAAAAUGUAUACUUCUAUUUGUCUUUUACUAUCAGAUUUUAUUAAUCAGGAAAGAAUGUUGAAUUUUCAGUCUACUGAGAUGAUUAUGGCUUUUUCCUUAAUCUGUCAACAUGUAGAAAUGUAAGAAUUGAUUUCCUAAUGUUGAAAUGUUGUUAUGUUCUGAGAAUAAAUGCUCU